AUGUUAUUUCGUUUUAAUUUUGACAUCACUGAGAUUGCUAAACCCUAUGCAUUGGAACUGCUAAGGUUUCGUGAAGCUGGUGUUGAAGUUGUUUUGAAGGACUUCAAAAAGAGACUGGAUCGUCAGUCCCGUGCAUUUUACAACUUAUUCAGACAAGCUGACCGAGUUGAAAAGCUGGCAGGAAUAAUCCAACGAUUGGAGCAAGGUGAUCUGAAACUCCGAGUUCGAGCUCUGGAGUCUGAGAGGGCAUUUCAGCGUGUAGCAGCUGUCCAGAAAACCAUCGGAAAUGCGGUUGCUGCUGGGAGCCUAGUAAACCUUGCAACAAUUUUGUAUCUGAACUCCAUUCGGAUGCCCGCGAUGAUAGCAUAUGCGGUUUGCACAUUUUUCGGCUUGCAAGUUCUUGUGGGAAUCAUAAAGGUGAAAAAGUUGGAUCAAAGGGAGAGAUUGAUCACGGGAACUGCUUAGAGACUAGAGAACAUUCAAACCCCAAGAGAAGCCGGUUUCAGUGAGAAGUUUGCUAGUAGGAGCCACAACUGUUAACAUGUUGCUGAGUAAGUUAUCAACUCACCCUCAGUGUCUGGUCCGAUUCAAGUCACAUCGAGAAAUUGCCGUGCCAAUGAAUCACUGGGUGGACUGUAUUUAGGCCGGCUCAUAUUAUUUUCAUCUUGUCUUAACCCCAAAGAUUUGCUCAUAGGGGUAAUCUCAUCAGUAAUGUCUAUAUUUGGAAAGUGAGAAAGAGGUAUUAGGGGCAGAAAAGGCGAAGGGGGGACCCGUCUGUUGUCCUUAGACUUUAGAGUGCAGCUUUAUAAUUGGAAGUUUAACCGUUAAUGCUAAGUCCCUACAUGUGUAGCCUCCCACCCAUCUAAUUUUUCCUAGGUGGGAUGUUUCGCAAACUCGAGAAGUAAUUCGAAUUUGUUCUUCUGAUCAAUUACCCAUAACUUCGUGAUUUUCUCUC